AGUCUCAGUACUCAUUCGUCAUUCGUUAGAGAAAAUGCCUGAUCCAGCGAAGUCUGCACCUAAGAAGGGCUCCAAGAAAGCCGUGACCAAGACCGCCAGCAAGACCGGCAAAAAGAGGAGAAAGACCAGGAAGGAGAGCUAUGCUAUCUACGUGUACAAGGUGAUGAAGCAGGUCCAUCCUGACACCGGUAUUUCCUCCAAAGCCAUGGGAAUCAUGAACUCGUUCGUCAACGACAUCUUUGAACGCAUCGCUUCUGAGGCUUCCCGUCUGGCUCACUACAACAAGCGCUCCACCAUCACUUCCAGGGAGAUCCAGACCGCCGUUCGUCUGCUGCUCCCCGGAGAGCUGGCUAAGCACGCCGUGUCUGAAGGAACCAAGGCCGUCACCAAGUACACCAGCUCCAAGUAAACGGUCAUCUGCUCUUCAAC